AUGUACUCGAUUCCGUUGGCUCGGUGGUACCAGAAGUUCUAUGGUCAAGAAGCCACAGAGGUCCAGGUUUCCGGAGUCAGUUUUGAUAGUACAACGUUGCCGGACUUGGGUGCCACGGAGUCGAACCUCGACAUCCAGAUGAUGGUCGGGGUUGGGCCGAAUAUCCCAACCUACGUGUACGGAGUCCCAAAAGGCUCGCAUCCCAUCAAAGACUUCUUCGCGAAGCUGGACCAAAUGACAAACCCACCACUGGUGAACUCCUUGAGUGUUUCAUUACUUCCAGGUGCAGAAGGUCCAGGUAACGACCAGGUCAUGGAUGGAGAGAUGGACUUGAUGUUUCUUGCAGCGAAAGGUAUUACGGUGGUUGUAGCAUCAGGUGACGACGGUGCGGGGUAUGGCUAUUUACCUGCAGGAGGGCCGGAGAGUUUCCAUGCAAACAGCAACAUCACGGGCGAGUACUUUUUCACAGUUCAGGCUCCAAGCAAAGAAGAUUGCAAUGCCGCCUGCUCCUUCACUCAUCGAGGCCCCCCGCUUUGGCAAUUGACAAACAACAAAUGUGGAGUCUGGUUGUUUCAGGCAACUUCUGGGGCGUGCACUAUGUUCAGUAUGGGCAUGCCGUUUGAGGUGACGACAGGUAACGGAUUUGUCGGAGGCCCAGAGAUUGUCGAUUGGCCGAUGGCGCCAACCUGGCCGACCAUGAGUCCGUGGGUGACUUCCGUGGGCUCCACGGCUCCAUGGCGUAAUGGCAACGUCCUGAACCAGUGGAUGCCAGAAAGGGCAACCAACCUCUUCGGCAGUGGUGGGGGCUUCAUGUGUCCGUAUCAGGACAAAAAAACGAUUCGAGGCAGUAACUGCAUUUCAACGGACAGCAGUUAA